AUGCUAUCGGUCGGAUCAGCUUCGACGAUACAGUCUGCCGGAACGGACGUGGCCAGCCCAUUUGGCUUGCUCCGUGUGCGUGCUGCUGGGCCCGCAGGAGGACGAGAAGCGGCAUGGAAAGCACAGAUUUCGUGCAUGACAGGCCCCGCCUACCGAUCUGCUCGCGAAAUUCCACGCCCGCAUCUGCCCUUUGUGUGUGGGCAGACGCACGCACUGCAGCCCCACUUUGCGCGUGCAGGAGUGGCCUCGGCGGAAGCAGCUUUCAUCACAAUCACAAUCACAUCCUACCGCUCGCGCUUCUCUUUGCUUCAUCUUGGCCAACAUCACCGCCAACACCACCGCGCUGCGAUCGGAUCAGCCGAAGCCAUCACUCGGCCCAUCGGCUCGGCCGCUAUCGAUCCAUCGCAAGUCGCUUCUGCCUCGAGCGCCCGUCUCGCGCCUCUUCUUGCCGCCGCCAUGCGCUGA